GUUUCAUCAAGAGCUUAGCUUGGUCGUCAAUCCUUUCUGUUUCCCAGGAAGCCGGGUAUUUUGCUCAGGAUAGUUCCUUCUUCUUCCAGCAGUAAAGAAAACACCGGCAAUUUGCUCGGCAGGGUUUCCUGCUUCGACAGAUCAUCUGCUACUUCAUUGCCGUGUAUAUCUUGGCGAUCAGGAUUGUUCAAUAAUCUGAGAUUAUAAAGUGCAAGAAUUUAUAAAAUGUGGCGGUAUUCUAAUAAAACAUUGAUCGGACUGAGCUGCUUGAUCUACUUCUUUGCGCUUAACGCGCAUACUAUGGGGAUCUAUAGGGCACCUACAGUAAAAAUAUCAAAUGGCUCAUUGGAGGGUAAAAUAAUGAUGAGUAAAUCGAAUAAUGAGAUACAUGCAUACCAAGGAAUUCCCUACGCCGCUCCGCCAGUUGGAGAUCUUAGAUUCAAGCCACCAGAACCACCAUCCGCUUGGAAUGGAACACGAUCAGCCGUGCGUGUUUCGCGGAUAUGCCUACAAAUAGAUUUAUUCUAUGAAAUAAAAUAUGAUGAAGACGAAGAUUGUCUUUACUUAAAUGUCUACACACCGAGUAUUAAAAUACAUCCUGAAUAUCCAGUUAUGGUUUUUUUUCACGGUGGUGGAUGGUUGAGUGGUGAAGGUAAUUCUCGUCAACCUCACUAUCUGCUGGACCACAAUGUUGUUCUCGUCACUGUGAAUUAUCGACUUGGACCGUUGGGUUUCUUGAGCACGGAGGACUUGGAAUGUCCAGGAAAUCUAGGACUGAAGGAUCAACAGCAAGCUUUGCGAUGGGUGCAGGAGAACAUUGCUUAUUUCAAUGGUGAUCCGACGAGUGUAACUAUCUUCGGUCAAAGUGCAGGCAGUGCUAGUGUUCACUAUCAUAUGGUCAGUCCUCUUUCAAAAGGCCUUUUUCAUCGCGCCAUUACGCAAAGCGGCACCUUUUAUAACCCAUGGGCUUUAAUGCCACCGGGAUCUGCUAAUAGCAAUACCAAAAUAUUAGGUUGUUAUUUAAACUGUACAACCGAGAACUCCACGGAACUUAUUGCAUGUUUGCGAACAAAGAGCGCAAGGAAUAUUACUGCUACCUUUAGUGGUUUUAAGAUUCUGGAUAUCUGCCCGCACCUGAUACCUUUCGUUCCGGUAAUCGAACCUGAACACUUAGGUGCAUUUUUGACUGAAGAUCCUACAAUUUCCGUGCAAAAAGGUCACAUUGCCGAUGUACCUUGGAUAACGGGAAUCAAUUCGGAGGAAGGAUCCUUGUUUACAUCAUCUAUUUACAAUUGGAAUUUCACAGAAAUACUUAAUAAUGAAUUCAUGAAAUUAGCACCUGUAACCUUAUUUCAUCAGAUAAGAUAUCAGUUUCCAAACCAAAAUUUUGUUAAUGAGAUAACCAAUGAUAUCCAUAAACAAUACUUCAAUCAAAGUAACAUCGACGAAUCCAAAGAAGCCACGUUCAAUAUGAUCAACAUGUACAGUGAUGCAUGGUUUAAUUAUGGCACGUAUAGGGCUGUGCGAGACUUUGUAGCUAACAAAACUUCUCCAGUCUAUUUUUAUUAUUUUACAUACAAAGGAAACUCUUUAAGAUUUGGUAAUUCCACUAAAGAUUAUGGAGUAACGCAUGGGGCUGAAAUGGAGUAUUUAUUUCCCCCUAAAAAUAGGAAUAGAAAUGUUGUCCCUUACCAGAAUAAAUCCAAAGAUGAUAAGGAUAUGAUUGAUCUCAUGACCACACUUUGGUAUAAUUUUGCAUUAUCUGGAAAUCCAACGCCGAAUAAUACGCAAUUGCAGUGGAAUUCCACAAAAUCAAAUUCAUUGGAAGAUAUGUUUGUUAUAGACGGAAAGAAUAGUUCCAUGAAAAGUGGACUUCUAACGAAAAGAAUGUCAUUUUGGGACUGUCUAGAAAAUCGAAUGGAGUCUGCUAGUAACGAAACCCACUUUUGUUACAAUUAA